AUGACAGAGCAACCAACUAUCUUGAUCACUGGCGUAUCGGGCCACAUCGGCUGCCGCGUGCUGGCGGAAGCCCUGGAAAGUGGUCACCACGGCCGAGCUGUACUACGGAAAGAGUCCCAGAUGGCCAAGAUCAAAGCAGUAGAAUCAAUUCAGCCUUAUCUGUCUCAACUCGAGCUUGUUUUGAUACCCGACAUCACUGUACCAGGUGCCUUUGACGCGGUUGCCGAUGGACUCUGGGCUAUCAUCCACGUUGCCUCCCCUACUUUUUCCGGGUUUGGGGAGGUCAAUGUCUCGGAGUUCUGUUCCACAUCGUGGCGUGUCACCCUUAGCGUAUUGCACUUUGCUGCAAAUACGCCUUCAGUGAAACGGGUAGUAAUCACCUCUUCCAUCAGUGCUAUCAUACCCUUCUUUGAUACAGCACCACAUGACUCGCAGGGUUUCUAUACCAAUCAAUCCCCAAUCUCCAUCGACGGAAUCGAGUCAUGGCCUGAGAAGGCACCUGAAAAUUCAACCCAACCCAAACUACACUUCUCCGUUGUCAGCGUCCUUCCAGGGACCACUGUUGGGCCGAACGAGCUGGCAUCCACUCCCAAAGAGCUCCUAGGUGGCUCAAAUAUGGUAGUCAUGGGGCCACUGCUGGGCAUCAAGUUUGCGCCUAUUCCCUCGGUUGUAUCCCAUGUUGAUGAUGUUUCAUUUGCACAUCUCAAAGCUCUCGACCUGGAUAUUUUCACCAGGAGAGAUUUCCAGCCUUUUGCCAGUCUUCAAUUCGAAGGCAGAUCAGACUCCUUUCGAAUGGGAUGA